AUGCCGAUGGAAUCUGUCAAGCUCAGAGACGAGAACAAAAUCCCAGUUUUAGCUUUCGGAGUCGGAACAGCCCAUCAAAAGAACGAAAGCGGCGAGGUCGAUCGACAGCUUGUCGAGAAGAUAAAAACAGCCAUUUCACUAGGGUAUUAUCAUCUCGAUGGAGCCGAAUUUUACGAAAAUGAAAGAGAACUAGGCCUCGCGAUCAAAGAGUGCGGAGUCUCUCGUGAGAAUCUCUACAUCACCACCAAAGCCUCGGUCAAAGAUAACGUCGGCCCGGACGUGGUAAAGGCGAUCGAAGGGUCUCUUGAGAGACUUGGUCUGACCUACGUAGACCAGUAUCUGAUCCAUGCUCCUUUCUGGGCGAAAUCGGAUGAAGAAUUGCAAACAAAGUGGAAGGACAUGGAGACCGUGUACCGGAGCGGAAAGGCGAAGUCGAUAGGUAUUUCCAAUUAUUUGCUCAAGCAUUUGAAGGCUGUUUUGGAGACGGCGACAGUUAUUCCAGCGGUGCAUCAGAUCGAGUUCCAUCCGUACUUGCAACACCAGGAGUUGGUUCAAUACUGCAGGCAGAAGCAGAUUGUCCUCUCAGCCUAUGCGCCCUUAUCAGCUGUGGUUAAGGCCAAACCAGGACCGCUGGAUGAUCUCUACUCGCAACUGGCUCAAAAAUAUAACGUGACGGAGGUCGAGAUUGCGUUGCGAUGGGUGAUGGAUCUCGGCAUGGUCGCCAUAACGACUAGUUCUCGGGAAACGCGCUUGAAGCAGGCUCUGAAGAGCCUUGGUUUCCGCUUGACUCCAGGCGAGGUGGAAGAGAUCUCACGGCGAGGUCUUCAAAAACACUACCGCGGAUUUUGGCUCGAGGAGCUUGGUCCAGACGACCCGUCAUGA